AUGAAGCUUCAAGCUGCAAGUGAGCUGUACCUCGGUGGAACCAUGAUCUGGUUAAUCGAUAAAGAUGGUACAGAUAAUGCAAGCAGUAAUGACCUGUCGGGUAUUAGGACUGCCAAUGGUAUAUCGCAGUCUGAUACAGCAAUGCUACACUACUGCGAGAACAGCGGCUACGAUACAAAACUCCUGCUAUUGUCUUUCUGUUGA